CCCACCCCCGCAAUUAAACGGGGCGCUAGCGUGCUCCUGUUGUCAGUCGAAAAAGAGGUGGCACUAAGAGGAAGGACGACGACGGAGAAGUUCUUGGUUGUAGGUCGCAGCCCUCGAGGAUGUCGUGCCGAAGCGGAGUGGGGGCUGUGCGCGGCGGCACCUCGGGUCUCCAGCCCAUGAGAGCCACGGUCCCCUUUCAGCUGAACAACAAAACGCAGCCUGGGCCCAGGGAUGGCAGGACAGCUGAGAGGACCAAACCAUGUGCCCCAAAGCCCAACAUCCGCCGCACCCUGUCCUUGGACACGGUGGUUGGGCCCUAUCUGCAGGGCCAGUGGCCCAAGGAGCUGGACUCAGAGGGCAUCUGCAGCAUGAGUGACAAGGCCACUCAGACGCCCAGCUCGUGGCCAGAGGAGGCCCAGGUGCGGAGAGCGGGCAGCGGACACAAACGCUCGGCAUCAUGGAGCAGCGCGGAGCACCGGCGAGAGCUCGCCAAAUUGAAACAGCACCUCCAGCAGCGCUUCAAACGUGGGGGUCGUGAACGGGACCAGGCGCCUUGGCUUGGGGGCAGCUCUGCAGGGACAUCCCAGACGACACCCAUCACCAUCCCACUUGCACCCCUGGUGAGGCUGGCCCCCCGCUUACGGCACAGCAUAGAGGGCCUCAACCAGGAGCUGGAGGGCGUCUUUGUACGGGAGCAGCCAGAGGAGCAGCACAGAAUUUUGGAUGUCCCCGAUGGCCACCGAGCUCCAGUUCCCUCCCAGCGAUGCAGCAGUGGCUCCCAGAGUGACCCCUCCCCUGCACUCCUGUCCCCGUCUCCGUCGCCCUGCUCUUCCUUGUCACCCUUCCCCCUGGGCGACAUGGCUUCUGACUCUGACGUAGAUGCACUGGGCUACAGAACACUGUCCCGCUCACCGCCGUUCCCGCUUGGUGGCGCCGCUGACCCCUCCUUCCUGCAGCUGUCCUCCUCCCCCCGCCCCAACAAAAGCUACUCCUUCCAGAGGGAGCCCCCCGAAGGCUGUGAGAGGGUGCGCGUCUCUGAGGAUGGCCUCGUCGCCUGCAUGGCUGACCGCUCUUUCCCGUCAUCCUGCCCCGACCCCAACAAGGUGAACUUCACUCCACAUGGCGGCUCUGCCUUCUGCCCUGUCAGCCUGCUGAAGCCCCUCCUCCCAUCUGUGGACUUCCUGUUCCGCAGCCUAUCAGUGUCCCCCGUCGCCGGCUGCUCUAGCCAGGGCUCCGCCCCGUAUCAGGUCACCGGCCCAGGAGUGGCUGGGUACCUGGGCCUACAUGCUGACACUGCUGCCACCACGGCCAUGUGAAGAGGGAUGGAGCCCCCAUAUCAGGGUCAUGUCAACUGGUGUGGGGGGGGCAUACCUUUAAUGGGAUUGUGAGAUCUGUGCAGCCCUGGGACAUGCAAGUCUGCCAGCUGAAGGAGCCCUGGAGAAACUCCCCGUUUCUAUGGUGGUCAGUUGGUGGAACCACACCCAACUGGACACAUGGAAAGGAUUUCCCAUUAUAUGAGUACUUGGAGUAGAUAAGGCCCCCCCCCAUCAUGUGACUUUAUGAUUUAUGAACAGUAUUCCACUUUUUGUGUUUCUAAAUGUUACAGAAUGUGCUCUGUAAGUGACUCUGAACACAGAGGGGGCGUUUCCAAGCAGGCAGUUAUUUAAAGAGUUCUUGGUGGAGUUCGAGAAGCACUUAAAGGGACGGAUAGCCAACAGGGCAGCAUUGCAGCAGAGGGACUGAGCUGCUAUGAGAACAUGAACUUUGGUCAGUUCAUGAUGCCCCAGCUUUUUAGGUAAAUUGACAAAUUACAAAAUAUACUAUCAGGUUUAUAGCUGUUUGUCAGCCCUUGUGAAGCACUUUUAUAAUAAAUUUCAUGGGCUUGUACUGGUGGACUUAAGUCAUUUUUGUAAGAACGUCUGGAGCAGGUUGGACCAUUUUAGCUGGAUUUUUUUUGGGGGCUGGGAGUUUUCCCUGUCACUGAAUGUCAUUUAAAUGGCACUCUUUAAUGGAAUAUGGCUGACUUCUCAAAUCACAGAGCAUUGAUUGUUCUUGUUCUAAGUUGAAUUUAACUAGAAUAUUUAACUGAAAAUGAGCUAGUGCUUUCCUUUUAAACUGCUGGUAUAUCACAUACAGCAUUAAUUUACGUGAAGUGAAAGAUUUGACCUCAGUCAAGAGUGUCCUCUAUGUGUGCAAGCAAAAUGAAAUUGUUUAGGCUUUGCAUUCCAUGUAUCUAAUCUUAUUUGUGUUUCAGAUGUGGAAAUUGCUGAAAAACUUUGGCCUGAUUUGUGUUAGUCAUGUUUAGGCAGGAUUGGUGGGUGUUUCUAGUUAAUGUUUUGUUGGCGUAGUGAAAAUACAGCUGUUUUUCUAUGUAGAAAGUGACAAGGAGAGACUCUCAGGUAUACUCUACUUCAGAUCUUCUGUAAGUGUAGUGAUCCAUGGAGCUUCAAGAUAACGGCUCCAGUAAUGGAAACCACUCAGCUUGGAGUUUGUUUUUGCUUUAUUGUAAUUUUUGCUUAAAAAAAGUUUCCACCAAAUUUCCUGAGCUGUGUCAUUUACAAGUUUGGUAAAGGAGUCUUUUCUUUUUAAAAUUUAGAAAUGCAAUACAAUGUUUGAAUGAAUGUGUAUACUGAGAAACUGGAGUGAAAUUUUACUUUUGAAACAGUAAAAACACAAUGUACUAUAAUUGUUUCUGCAUAAGCUAAAAUGUUAACUUUGCUUUUUUGUAUUCAGGAGAUGUUUUAGUUUGACUCUACCGAUUUAAGAUAAUCGUUGUAGAAAUGCACGACUACUAACUUUAGGAUUGUUUUUCACUUCUGCAGGUAAACUGAAAUAGCCUGCCUAAGGAUAUUUAUGAAAAUGAUUUUGUCUUUGCACCUUUCUGAUGUUAUUUGCAUACCUUGUGUUUUUACACCAGCAGAGGAAGGGUGACCUUUAAAGGUUUCAUCCCCCCCCACCCCCCCCCGCACAGAAAUUACGUUAGUUUUUUUUUGAUGAUCUUUCUUUGUCACCUCCAACAGUUGUUUUACAACAUUAAACAUAUUUAAUUUUCCAUA